UCUCCACACCUGUGCUUACCUCGGCCUUUCUCUAAACAUCUGCUUGGCUGCCACAUACUCCUGGGCACUUGCCCUGCGUCACCUAGUGUUCAGGCGGUGUUCACGGUGAGCGCCGUGCCCAACAGGUGCUUCGCGGUGAGCGUCGUGCCCAACAGGUGCUUCGCGGUGAGCGUCGUGCCCAACAGGUGCUUCGCGGUGAGCGUCGUGCCCAACAGGUGCUUCGCGUUGAGCGCCGUGCCCAACAGGUGCUUCGCGUUGAGCGCCGUGCCCAACAGGUGCUCCGCGGUGAGCGCUGUGCCCAACAGGUGCUCCGCGGUGAGCGCCGUGCCCAACAGGUGCUUAGCGGUGAGCGCCGUGCUCAACAGGUCUUCCGCGGGUCUCCAGAAGACCAAUGAACGUGACCAAAGCUCUCAAUAGACACACAAUACCGUCGGGGUGACCAUGACGGAGCAGGACGUGGGCGGCGUGGGCGGUCAUGAGGUGAUGGCGUCGUGGGAGACGCGGGCGGAGGAGCUCUUCACACUGUGUGACCGGGAACGUAAGGGCAUCGUCACCAAGAGAGACCUGAAACACCUGUGGGGAGAAGUGUCCCUGGAGCCCGAGGAGCUGGAGCGAGCGUUCCAGGUCCUCGACCACCACCACAACGGCUACCUCACCCUCCAAGAGUUUACUCUUGGCUUUGGCUGUCAUUUGGGUCUAGUGGAGGGGUUCCGGGCGGAGUUGACAUCGAAAGUCUGCUCAGAGGUGGAGCAGGAGGCCGAGGGUGGCGCCGAGGACCAGGGUGACGCCUUCGCCACCAGCCAGCUGGAUACCUUACUCAAGAGUCUGGCCGAUCACGACCUGGACUCCUAUUCAGCAGGUGUGGAGGCAGCGUGGCGGGAGGUGUGUGGUGGAGGCGUCCAGGACGCGAAGAUGGAACAGUUUGUAGCGGCGUUGCUACAGGAAUUAUUGAGGGUUAAGGCUGACCACGCCCUCCUUGAAGCAGCCCUGGCUACUAAGACUGACCAGUACAAUCAGCAGGUAGCGCAGCUGUAUGAAGAACUGGAGAGCCAACUGAGCGGGGAGCAGACAAGAGCAGCAGACAUGCAGAGUCACAAGGCUGCCCAGGCCCUGGUGCUACUUCAGGAGGAGGUGGCGGAGCGUGAAAAAGUGUUGCGAACCAUGGAGGAGGAACUGCGCGCCGUGCACCAGCAGCUGGAGCAGAUGGCUGCUACGGAGGCAGUUGUCAGACUGGACAACUCGCACCUCUCUCAGCAUGUGGACCGACUUGAGGAGGAGCUGGCGAGGAAGGUUGCCGAGGGGCUGGAACUAACCACCGCUCUCGAGGCGUUCAAGACAGACACCAAGAAUGAGAAGAUCCGCCGGGCACAGCAGGCUUUCAAGGUGAGCGAAGCAGUUGUCAGGGAGAGGGAGAGUCUGGUGACCCAACUUGGCCUCUUGCGCACCAUCAACACACAGCUGAGAGAUGAACACGAUCAAGCCACUCAUCGGCACCUCAGACUGAGUUAUGGGAGUGCUGGUUCCACCGAUUGCGAGCACGAUGAAGAAUAUUUUAAGCUGAAUUUGGGUGUUCAGCCUGGCCAAAAGUCAGAGAUGUCCCAGCUGACUACUGCCGUGGAAACAAAUCUUCUGCAAGAACUCUUACAGUACCCUCCCCUUUGUACUGUGUGUGGAGGAAAGCUUCCUAAUAAUGUGGGAGACACUCCAGAUUUGAAAGACUUCCGAUCACCAAUUAUUGUGAAGCAAGACUCCACAACACAGACAUCACUUACUGGACUGACUUCUUCCUCAGUGGCUACACACACUUUCGAUAAGGCAGCAUGGCAAGACUCGUCUGCUAAAAUACUAGAGCAAGAUGCCUCACCAACACACAAACUCCUCAUACAACAAUUAUGUGGAGAGGAUUGUGGAAACUUACCAUCUCAUGAAGUUCAUGAAAAUUACUUUAGCACAUCCACUGACAAUUUUCCCAGGCACUGUUUGUGCAACAGGUUUGGUAACCAGUUUCCCAUCGUGCCAAAAUAUUCGACGACUAUCAUCGUUUACCAACUCGGCCACCAUGACACCACACAAGUACUCCCUCUAUAUCACACUCAAUACACCCAUCACACCUUCCCUAUUCACCACACAUACCACACUUUCAACCCACAAAGUUGGGACACGCAAGAAAAGGCUACGACACAAACAGAAUCUGCACCGAAAAUGGCUACUGUAUCCAAUAACAUUCAAGGCAGCCAGCCAAGACAAUGCCAAAUCCCCCAGGUUCAGGGCAGUGAUGUAUAUGGUAGUGCCACUAUUAAUCCUAUGGAUCAGUGUGUGCAGACAGAUGGUGGUGACCAUAGGGACCAGUGCGUGCAAACAGGUGGGACCAGUGGGGACCAUAGGGACCAGUGUGUGCAGACAGGUGGUGGUGACCAUAGGGACCAGUGCAUGCAGACAGGUGGUGGUGACCAUAGGGACCAGUGUGUGCAGACAGGUGGUGGUGACCAUAGGGACCAGUGUGUGCAGACAGGUGGUGACCAUAGGGACCAGUGCGUGCAGACAGGUGGUGACGACCAUAGGGACCAGUGCAUGCAGACAGGUGGUGACGACCAUAGGGACCAGUGCGUGCAGACAGGUGGUGGUGGCCAUAGGGAUCAGUGUGUGCAGACAGGUGGUGGUGACCAUAGGGACCAGUGCGUGCAGACAGGUGGUGGUGGCCAUAGGGAUCAGUGUGUGCAGACAGGUGGUGGUGACCAUAGGGACCAGUGCGUGCAGACAGGUGGUGGUGACCAUAGGGGUCAGUGUGUGCAGAUAGGUGGUGGUGACCAUAGGGACCAGUGCAUGCAGGAAGAUAUAUUCUGUGGACCUGUGAACAAUCCUACACAAAAGGAUGAACCUGAGGGUGAUCGGAAUGAAUCAUCCAUAGAUGAAGGAAUAUGCAAGAUGGGUCCCGAUGGACCACCACAGAAGAAAUUGCAUGAAAUUUUAGACACUGUUGAAGGGAGAACAAUUAAAAGUAACUUCCAAAAUGAUCCCACGAUAAUGGUAACUUCGCUGCCUCGCCAUUACCCUUGUGGAGACUCCGAAUCAAAGGUGAAUGAUGAAAGUGCAGAGGUAAAGAAUAAGGAAGGUGACCAGCCACUUGCAUCUACCACCUGUCUGGGAGGAAAACCUCUACUCUAUUGUCCCUCUAGAAUGUUCAAAGUGGUCUUCAUCGGAGACAGUGGAGUAGGAAAGACCUCCUUCAUUCACAGAGCAUCCAUGGGAGUGUUUCGAGGUGACUUUGGUGCUACAGUCGGGGUGGAUUACCAGACACUGGAGGUGCAAGUAGGUGGUGUACUGGCAGUGCUGCAACUGUGGGACACUGCUGGCCAAGAACGCUUUCGCUCUAUCACCAGGCAAUACUACAGGAAAGUUGAUGGUGUGGUAGUGAUGUAUGACCUCACCAGUGAGCAGUCAUUCUUAAAUGUGGUGGAUUGGAUAACAUCAGUCAAGGAGAUGGCUGGAGAGGUGGUGACUGUCAUGCUUGGAAAUAAAGGUGAUCUGCAGGAAAGUCGGUGCAUUAGUCAAGACAUGGCAGACAACUUGGCUAAGGCUAACUGCUGUUUCGCAUGUGAGUGUAGUGCUGCAACAGGAAGUGGGGUACAGGAUGUCAUGACACGUAUAGCAACUCUGCUUACCACUAAACAGGUGCACAAGACUCCAACAACAACUACUGUAGCACUACAAGAGCCAUUCAGAAAAGGGAUAUGCUGCAAGUAAAUUGUUUGAAACCAGUUAGAUUCUUGUAGUUGUAUUCUUGAAGCUUUCUUAAGCACCACAUGGUGAUCAUCUAUAUUUUCUCCAUGAUAACUGUCCUUUAACCUUGGAUGGCACAAUUCUCUCAGCUCUUGGUAAUCAGUGUGCAUUUCUUAUAAAAUCAUUUGUCUUGAAUUUGAAUAUUAAACCUUUUUUGCAAAUGUUAAAAAUAUCUAAACAAUUAAAUAUGAAACAGGUAUUGUUGGCAUACAACACACAAUAUUGUAUGUUUAAAAGAAAAAUUCAAUAAUUUAAUGGCUUUUAUAAUGUGUUGAGAGUAAUGGUGCCAUAUGCUCCAAAAUUCUAUUAGUGAUAUAUGUAUAAUAAUAAGGUUUAUCAUUUUUUUAUGUAGGUAGCAAGAGAUGUAAGAUCUUGAUCAGUAUAAGCACUAAACUUAAAUGCCUUAAAUUUCCUGUGAAAACUAUUAUAUACCACAACUAGACUCACCCCGGAUGAACCAAAAUACACUGUAUGACAAGCAAUUGUCUGAGCUUAUCCCUUAAGCUGCAUUUAUACACAAACAUUAUACAUUUAAGGCUAUAAUGUGACUGGUAUCUGUGUGCUCUUUGAUUAUAAUAUGAACUCGAUUGAUUUUUAUUACUACUUUAAUCCAACUGGAACUCAUAUCUGCAGCAAAUAUAAAGAACAAUUACUGUAUACAGACGUUACUAAUUAUAACUACUGUAUGGUAAUUUAGGUAAUAUGGCAAACAAAAAAUUUGUAAGCUAAUGUUUUGUAUUAUGAACAAGACCUUCACUUUUACAUGCCCCUAAAAUGACCAGGGAUACAUUUUUAUGAAAUUUAUUCUUAUUAAAUGUUAAUUAUUGUAUAAUUAACUAUUUCGAGCUAUGGAUACCUCCUUAUGAAUGGCAGAUAAACUAGAAAAUUACAAAUUUAUCGUCAUACUUUCUCAUCUGGGGUUUUAAGGAGUUGGCAAAUGCACCUGCACUGCCAAAUAACUUUAGCUAAUAAUCAGCUAACAUGUUUUAAAAGUACGGUAUCUAGUUAAUUUCAAGAAUGCAGCCAUUCCUAAAAUAUGUCUUAUGCUGGAGACUAGCACCAUGGUGAGAACUUGAUCAAACUGAUGAAUGACAAUGUUAUGAUCUGUAGGUGGCAGAUUGAAUUGUAGUGAUGGCAGUUCAAAACCUAUAAAUUUAAAUCAUUAUCCAAGAGUACAAGUAGCAAAUGUUCAUAACAAACCCGAAAUGGAGAGAGACCUCUUGAUGGAAACUAGUGUUCUAACACACAUCAAGUGUCUGACGUACACUACUUGUCAGCACCACCUGUAGAAAGUGAAAUUGUUUUAGCAUUGGAAAAAUAUUUAUACAUGACAUGGAAGUCAUCUCAAUGCUACCACUGGGAAAAGCUCAUAUUCUUGAAUUCUAACAAUGAUGUUCAACUCUGAAUAUAUUGUAGAGAAAAUGUGACAACUACAAGUCAAGUGUCUGCUAAAUUUCAAUAAAUUUACAUUGUUCCAAUAAACUAAUAUGUUUAUGUUGAUAGUAAAUAUUAUUUUAAUUAAUGUAAGUUAUAGGGUAAUGAAACUUAAGUAAUGAUUAGUAAUUUUGAUAAAGCAUGAAUAAUGCUUUAGGAUGUAUUCUACACCAUAAAUGUUUAAUAAAACCAAAUGUAAAAUAAAAUUAUUAAUGUACAUCAGUUUCAGCGUACCUGUGAUUUUUUUUGUUUUGGUUGUCACCAUAAAUACUCAUGUAUGAAGUGAUGGAAGAGAGCGGAAUACUGCAAAAGCAUGGGUAGCAGGUUCAUGGCACUGCUCUGUAAGGCACAGUGUCUCUCCAGGAGGCAUUGGAAUUCACUGACUGGAUGUGGAUUAGCCACCUUAUAUUCCCACGGCUGGGAUCAACACAGCUAUCAGUUGUGCGCCAAUUCCUGAUGCACUGACCUCAUCACAUCAAUCUGAUCUGGUCUUGGAUGAUGAGAAAAACAGCUUCCAGAGAGGUCUUGACUUGUGAGCCUGUUUGCCCCCAUAUGAAACAUAAUAAGGUUGGACUCUGAGGCCAUGGAAUACCCCCUACCAAGGCAAUGAGGGUGCCAAGCCCAGGCUAGCACAAACAGGGUACCUUGUUUCUAAUGGCACUCAUUUUUAGCAAGGAAAGACCACUGAUGUGAACCAUUGACAAAAAUAUUUUGCACAUACCCCCAGCCCAGACACCUACUAUUGUACUGAAUAUCCAUCCACAAGUUUGUGAGGACCUUAUAUAUACACACACACAUACAUAUAGAGUAUACUGUAAUCAAUAAAAAGAACCUGGGAAAGCAUUGUUUGACCCAAAGCUAGGAAGCAGCUGAAAAGUGUGGGACACUGGUAAGCAGUUGUAGUCUUGUGCAUGACACUGGUUAGUGCUUACCUAUCAGUAAGAACUUAUGUCAUGUGCAAGACUAGUGUGAAGGAUAUGGUGAAUGCAUGAUCAUCUUAAUGAGUACAGCAUCAUUAGCUUUCUUUCCUUACUCUACAUUGCUAUUUUCCUCUAGGCUGUUGCCUCCUGACAACAUGAAAAUGCUUAAUGGGGCAAUGGUGAUACCUAUCAUGAGGCUUUCAUAGGCCACUUUGUUGCAGGUGCAUUACAAGACGCUAAGCUCACUGGCCGUCAAACCACCUACUGGUCUGAAAUGUGCAACCUUCUCUCAAGCAUAAACCAUCAUGAAUAUCCAGCUCUCACCUUACCUUCUGCCCCAAUCAACAUCGCCCGAACAUCACCUCACCUCACUUCAUCUUACGCGGUCAUCUAUACUGUAGGUUUAGCGAAUUUCUAUCCCCUUCCCUUCUGCAACCAAAGAUGUUGAGAAAACAAAAUUAAUCAUUUAGAAAAAGGCCAAAUAAAAUUGCAAAAUGGA